AUGGCGUCGAUUGCAGAAACUAUAAACAAACACGAGGAGCGUCUCUGGCAAGUUAACCAGCAGAUCCAUUCCAAUCCCGAGCUUGGGUACGAAGAGGUGCACGCCCAUGACACCCUGUGUAACCUCCUCGAGUCACUUGGGUACAGCGUCACGCGCCAUGCUUAUGGGCUCAAGACCUCAUUCGAAGUCGAGGUUGGGACCGGUGGAGGCUUGAUUGUCUAUAAUGCUGAGUUCGAUGCCUUGCCCGAAAUUGGUCACGCCUGUGGACAUAAUUUGAUCGCCACUUCGUCCCUUGCAGCUUUCCUUGCCACUGCGGAAGCCAUAAACACCAACCAGAUUGAGGGACGUGUACGCCUCCUCGGCACUCCAGCAGAAGAGGGCGGCGGCGGUAAGAUUGAACUUCUGAAGGCUGGCGCCUACAAGGGCGUCGACGCUUGCCUCAUGGGGCAUCCUGGCCCUGGCGUGGCAGUGGAUGGUGUGGCUGCUGCUCGCUGUAUGGCUCGUGGGGGAGCCACAGUGACCUUCCGCGGCGUUAGUGCUCAUGCUGGCAAUGCCCCUUGGCUGGGUCACAACGCAUUGGAUGCCGCAGUAGCUGCCUACAGCAACAUGGCCAUGCUUCGACAACAAGUCGCGCCGAAUCAGCGCAUCCAUGCAAUCAUCUCCAAGGGGGGUGACAAGCCCAAUGUGAUUCCGCAUCUCACAGAGCUCCAGUUUUUCGUCCGCGCGGAGACCGAUAUGGAUUUGCGAGACACCGUCAAGAGGGUGACUGCCUGCUGUGAAGGGGCAGCUAAAGCCGCCGGGUGCACCGUUGAUUUUGACUGGCUGGAAAACUACAAGGAAUUACAAUGCAGUAAUCUCCUCAUCGAAACCUUCUAUAAGCAUUCGCAGGAGCAGAAGCAGAAUUACAUGAAAUCAUUGCCUACAGUCAGCGGCGCGUCAACAGAUCAAGGUAAUGUGAGUUAUGAGCUUCCAAGCCUGCAUCCUGGAUUCCUUAUCGAGGUGGAUUCGCCGACGAUCGGUCCCCACCAUCCUGGAUUUGAGAAGGCAGCCGGAACACGGCAGGCGUUUGAGUCGUGUUUACGGUUCGCUUCGGUCAUGGCUGCGACAGGCCUUGAAGUUCUGCAGGACGAGGAACUCCGAAAUCGCCUGUGGGCAGAGCACAGAGAGAGAUUUGACAAGACUGAAUAG